AUGGAGGCGCUGAGCGGGCGGGUAGGCGUCAAGUGCGGGCGGUGGAACCCGACGGCGGAGCAGGUGAAGGUGCUGACGGAGCUGUUCCGGGCGGGGCUGCGGACGCCGAGCACGGAGCAGAUCCAGCGGAUCUCCACCCACCUCGGCGCCUUCGGCAAGGUGGAGAGCAAGAACGUCUUCUACUGGUUCCAGAACCACAAGGCCCGCGAGCGCCACCACCACAAGAAGCGCCGCCGGGUCGCCUCCAGCUCCCCCGAGAGCAGCAGCAACGAGGAAGAGAUAAGCGGCCUUCGCGCCGCCGUCCGCGACGCCGAGCCGGCGGACCUCGUGCUCCAGCCUCCUGAGAGCAAGCGCGAGGCCAGGAGCUACAACCACCAUCAACGGAUCAUGGCAUGCUAUGUGAGGGACGUGGUGGAGCAGGAGGCGAUGUGGGAACGGCCGACGACGACGAGGGAGGUGGAGACGCUCGAGCUGUUCCCGCUCAAGGCCUACGACAUGGAGGCGGACAGGGUCCGGUACGUCAGGGGUGGCGAGCAGCAGUGCAGGGAGAUCUCCUUCUUCGACGUGGCCACCGGACGGGAUCCGCCGCUGGAGCUCAGGCUCUGCAGCUUCGGCAUCUAG